UCCGCUGCGCAGACUGGCAUCCGCGACUCGCCGGGCUGCCCCGGGCUGCCUCGCGCCGAGGUCGGGACAGGGACCGCCGGCCCGGGUGUCCGCUCCGCCCACAGAGUCCGCGCAGGGACCCGGCUGAGGACAGUGUGACAUUUGAAGACGUGGCCAUGUACUUCUCUUGGGAGGAAUGGGGUCUCCUCGAUGAGGCUCAGAGAUGGCUAUUCCACAAUGUGAUGCUGGAGAACUUUGCACUUGUGACCUCCCUGGGUUGUUGGCAUGGAGCAGGGGAUGGGGAGGCACCUUCUGAGCAGAGCGCUUUUGUAGGAGCGUCGCAGGUUAGGACUCACCAGGCAAGCCCAGAUCCCCAGAAGGCACACCCCUGUGAGAUAUGUGGUCUGGUCCUGAAAGACAUUUUGGGUGUGGCUCUGCAUCAGAGAACACAUUCCCAGCUGAGACCUGGCACAUGUGGGAGACGGACCAGUUUCAUUGCAAACCUUCACCAGCACGGGAAGCAGCACAGUGUAGAGAAACCCCUGAAAAGGGCUUCACUUGUGAAGAGCUGCAGGUUCCAUGUGCCAGGGGAGUCCUUCACCUGUGGGGAGGUCGACAAGGACUUCCUCACCGGUUCAGGCGAGCACCAGCACCAGGCCAGUCAUGAUGGACGGAAAGCUCACAGUAGCACCAUGUGUGGGGAAGCUGUUCACAGUGGGAAAAGCCAUCACAGUUGGUGUGAAGGCAAGAAAGCCUUCAGCCACAAAUACUCUCUUGCUCAACACCAGAGUGUCCAUGCCCAAGAAAAGCCUUACAAAUGCAGUGAAUGUGGGAAAUCCUUCACCCGAAGGUUUAACCUCUUGCAGCAUCAGAAAGUCCACACUGGAGAAAUGCCCUAUAAAUGUAAUGAAUGUGGAAAAUUCUUCACCAAUAUCUUCGGUUUCAUUCAGCACCAAAGAACUCACACUGGGGAAAAGCCUUACAAGUGCAGCAGAUGUGGAAAAUUCUUUGGCCAAAAGUCUACCCUUACUGUACAUGAGAGAAUUCACACUGGAGAAAAGCCUUAUGGGUGCAGUGAAUGUGGGAAAUUCUUUAGACAUAGCUCCAGCCUCAUUAAACAUCAGAGAGUUCACACUGGAGUGAGGCCUUAUAAGUGUGGUGAAUGUGGAAAAUGUUUUACUGACAACUCCUGCCUCAUUAAACACCGUAGAAUUCACACUGGAGAAAGGCCUUAUGAGUGCAAGGAGUGUGGGAAACUUUUUAGCCAAAGUUUUGGACUCACUCAACACCAGAGAGUUCACACUAGAGAAAGACGUUAUGAGUGCAGGAUAUGUGGGAAAUCCUUAACCCGCAAGUCCUACCUCAUUCAACACAACAGAGUUCACGCUAGAGACAGGGCUCCCGAGUGCAGGGAUCAUGGGGAAUUCUUCAGUGACACCCAGUUUGCUCAACACCAAAAAAUUCAUACCCGAGAACGGCCUCAUGAGUGCAACCAAUGCGCAAAAGGUUUCAGCCGAAGGCCUAACCUCAUUCACCACCACACAGGAAGUGGGUUUUAUGAGUGCACUGAAUGUGAGAAAGCCUUCAGCCAGAGAUGUGACCUCAUUUGACACAAAAAAGUCCACACUGAAGAAAGACCUCAUUGAGUGCAGUGAAUGUGGGAAAGCCUUCAGCCAAAAGUCUCCCCUCAUCAGGCACCGGGAAGUUCACACAGAGCAAAGCCAUGGCUGUGUAGGGAACAGGCUGUUUACCUGUUUGAUAUAAAGACAUUGGAGGAGAGCCUUCGUGAAGGAGACAUCUUCCUGAAGUUGAACUCCUGCAUCUUAAAACACCACAGGGAAGAUUCCCUGUAUAUUCCAGGCAGAGCAGAACCGAGAGACAUGCAUAUCACUGCUGAUGAACACAAAUGGGCUGAAUGUUGGAAA